CUGAGGAUCCUCGGUAUUCUCCCUCAGUCAGCAGCGCUCGGCAGCAGAGUGUGUGUGUGUGUGUGUGUGUGUGUGUGUUAGAGAGACAGAGAUAGGAGGCGGAGGAAGAAGGCACGGCAGCUGAGAAACGCCGAAGCAGCACUCGACCUGUACAUUACACUAUUUACACUGAACUGGGCUUCAUGAGGAGCUCCUGAGGUUUUGUUCGCUGGAGAAGCGGUGGGCGCGAGGAGGCUUCUGCUGUGUGUGCGCGCGCGUGCGUCUCUAGCUUCGUGUGUUGGUGUUGGUGUGUGUGUGUGCUGCUGAAACAGUCAUUCGCUGCCACAGUCAGUCAGUAGUCUGCCUCUCUCUCUCUCUCAAACACACACACACACACUGCUCCUCACACACUCAGACCACAGAAUGAGCCAGCAGCAGCAGCAGCAGCAGCUCGGGAGUUGAAGAUGCCAGGCUCGCGCGUUCACGAGACCUCGCCAAGUGGAUCUGACGCACUGUGGCCAGGCAGCAGUAACAUAUACUGUAACUAACUACUUGAGCGAAGGUAGCCCUGGUAGCAAGACUGCAUGCUGAUGUCUUGAAAAUGUCUGACGGUUUGAUCUGUGGAGAAAGCCCCGACCAAUAAUGGCCCAUAGGAUAAGCAAUAUAAAGGUAACAAAUGAUCCGUUGUUUCUGGGCGUGUUGUAUGUCUUCUCCUGCAACCUUCACACACUCUUCUGCAAACACGUCUGAGCCCUGCGAACAGAUUUGAGCAGCAGCAUCCUCAGCAUGAGGCUUCUGUUGAAGUACCUGGAUAAAAUGAGAUGUUUCCGGAAGCGCUCCACCAUCCCCUUUCUUGUGGUGCUCAUCACUUUCCUCCUCUUCAUGAACCUCUACAUGGAGGAUGGUUAUGUUCUGGAGGAGGAUAAACGGCAGCUGAGGGAGGCAUCAAUGCAUCCGCUCAAUUCUGAGCGCUAUGUUCACACCUUCAAAGACAUCACCAAUUUCUCUGGAACCAUCAAUGUGACCUACCGCUACCUAGCUGGAACCCCCUUGCCUCGGAAAAAAUAUCUCACUAUUGGACUGUCAUCUGUAAAAAGAAAACGAGGGAAUUAUCUUUUGGAGACCAUCAAAUCCAUUUUUGACCAGUCCAGCUAUGAGGAGCUCAAAGAGAUUGUGGUGGUGGUUCACCUGGCAGAUUUUGACUUAGCUUGGUGUGAAAGUUUAGUUCAGGAGAUCUCCAGGAAAUUUGGGCAUCAUAUAAUUGCAGGGCGUCUUUUGGUCAUCCACGCACCUGAGGAGUACUACCCGUCUCUUGAUGGUCUGAAGAGGAACUACAACGACCCUGAAGACCGGGUUCGGUUCCGCUCCAAGCAAAACGUAGACUAUGCUUUUCUGCUCAACUUCUGCACCAACCUGUCUGACUUCUACAUGAUGCUGGAGGACGACGUGCGAUGCUCACGGAACUUCCUCACGGCCCUGAAGAAGGUGGUGACGUCUCGAGAAGGCUCAUAUUGGGUGACGUUGGAGUUCUCUAAGCUUGGCUACAUUGGCAAGCUUUACCACUCGCGAGAUCUCCCCAGACUUGCACACUUCCUCCUCAUGUUCUAUCAGGAGAUGCCUUGCGAUUGGCUGCUGAUCCACUUCCGAGGCCUGCUGGCCCAGAAGGACGUGAUCCGCUUUAAGCCGUCUCUUUUCCAGCACAUGGGCUACUACUCCUCGUACAAAGGGGCUGAGAAUAAACUGAAGGACGACGACUUCGAGGAAGACUCUCUCGACAUCCCAGACAACCCACCUGCCACCCUGUACACGAACAUAAACGUGUUCGAGAGCUACGAUGCUGCCAAAGCUUACAGUAGUGUGGAUGAGUACUUCUGGGGCAAGGCUCCCUCCACUGGAGACUUCUACGUCAUAGUGUUCAACAAGGCCACGAAAAUCAGUAAGAUUAAGAUCACCACUGGAACGGACGAUCGUCAGAAUGACAUUUUGCAUCACGGAGCUUUAGAGGUUGGAGAAAAACUGGUAGGAACUAAGAAAGGGAGGCAGUGCUCCUCUUACAUCACGUUAGGGGAGUUUAAAAACGGGAACAUCGAGGUCAAUGAUGUGGAUCAUAAGAUUUCUUUUGAUAUCGAGUGCGUUCGCAUCGUGGUAACAGCCAAUCAGAAGGAGUGGUUGAUCAUCAGAAGUAUAAGCCUGUGGACUACACAGCCUCCGAGCCAGUGAGAAGAACUGCUGUGAAUCACUACUGUAAUCAUCACACGAAGGCACAACAAUCAAAUGUCCAGUUUUCUUUGUUUAUUUAUCUAUUUAAUUAAGUUUUCUAUUUAUUAGGUUAUUUAUUCAUUUUUUAUAUAUAUCUGGAAACUCUUUGGUUUUGCUUCAAACCUUAAGUACAGUAUAUCUACAAAAGUGCGUACAGAACUUUAUCUGAGAUAUUAUCAUAUUUUUCUGAUGACUUUGGCACCAGUUCAUGAUUUCAUGAAUGAGAACACUUCAGUUCUUGUUGGCGUACCCUGUUUUUUUCCCCCCGGAAUUAUUCCAUAUCUUUCCAGCUGAGAAUCUCAGCAGACAGCCUGAGACUGUCCAGGUUUUUAAUACUUGGCAGCGGAAUUUUCAACCAUAACCUUGGGAAUCCAGUUACAUGCUCAGGAAACACUCUGUUUGAAGGUUACCUAGUACACAGAGGAUUCAUAACACAUUCAUAAGCAUGUAAAGCAGUAUUUAAAUGUUUAUGAAUAGCACAUACCAGUACCCACAACAUGGCGGGAGAUGUUUUAUGAAUUUAGUGAGCGUGUCUUAGUUUUGAAUAUCAUGUUAAGCAUGUCAUCAGUAGAGUUUAAGGGAGGGAAUAACAAUAAUAUAAGGCAUGAAAGAGCCUUCAUAAUACACGAUGUGUUUAGGGAAUUCUGCUUUAAAGGAAGAUUUAAUGAAUGAAAAAGCAUUGAAAAGUCGUUCAUAUAAAUUAUACGUAUUGUUUAUAAAAAAAGUGUCUUAAGCUGUCUUAUAAACUCUAUAUGAUGUGGGAAUGAUGCUUUAUAAUAGACAUAGUUACAAAUGAAAUGAAAUGAUGCAAAGAGUCAUCACUUUAGAUUAAGGGCAUCAAAUUCCUUCAUAAUGAUAAAAAAAACUUUAUUCUGCUGACACUGCUGGGAAAUACUUUACAGAUACUGUAUGUUUCAAAGAGAAAAAUGUAUGUAUAAUGUAAUAAACUUAUACUAUAAUGUGUAUAUAUUUAUAAUAUAGGAUGAUAUUCAACUCUUAUAUAUGUCAAUACUACUUGAUUUUAUAUCAUGUUGUGAGUACCGACAUAUAAGCUAUUCAUCAAUAUUAAAGCUUUCUUUAAGGCUUAAAAACAUACAUUUUUAAAUAAAUAUAUCAUGAAAACAGGAUUCAGUGCUUGUAGGUGUUAUGAAGCCGCUGUGUCAGUAUCCUUCAAAUGAAGUGUUACCCAUGCUCAUGAUCAGCUGAAGCUGCUGCUGCUGCUUCAGGAAUUGUAAGCAUCUCCAAGUGAAGAUAUUUGUCAUUCGAUGUAUUUGUUUGUCCCAUUUCCUUCCCCCGUUUUACGGAACGGUUCCGUUAUCACGCCUUCCUGUCAGCAAGCACAUGGUCAAUAUAGCAUUGAAUAUACAAUGUAUUGUGGCAUGAAUUUAGUCGACAGCACUUCAUAUCGUCUCCCCCUCGAGCGCCAGCCGAAAUGUCAUUUAUUCAAUCAACAUCGAGCCUGGAGGGUCACCUUUAGACUAGUGUUUUGAGAUUGCGGUGUGUAAUUUGUCAGUGUGUUCCUUCAGAAGCAUGGACCACAACACAGUGUUUCUAUUCACCCAUCUUCUGAAGGCUCGUGAUUGAACAGUACAGUGACGAAUGAGGUGGACCUGUUCUCCCUUCUUCUCUCUUUUUGCCUCAGCACAAUUUUACACAAGUAAAUUGGAUUUUGUUUGGCACUCUCUUUCUCUCUCUUUCUUUCUCUCACUAUCACUCUUUGUGUGUGUGUGUCUCUCUCUCUCUUAUGUUUCUCUCUGUAUCAAAAGUUACACCAGCAACAGCCACCUUAGUGGAGGUCACUGUCAUAUCUAACACCCAGAACUAGUCUCUCUCCUGGAGAAUGACCUCUUCUGUAUUCAAUAUAUAUCCAAAAUUUACUGUCCAUAUCCACCUUAUUCCACCACGCCCACUUCAGAGUUUGUUACUUCUGCAUUUGUGUUAGAAUUUCCGGUCAGUUUACAAUAAAUAUUCGUAUCAAAUGUAAAAUAUAUACAGUCUAAAGUAGCUACUGCUGUGGACAUUAAUUGUAAAGUAGCUAACCGUGCUAAUCCAACAGUUCAACAGGCUAUGUGAAGAAAUAAUCAGUAAUAUAUAAAACCAAAAAAAGUGAAAUGGCUACAGGAGUUCAAUUUCCAAACACUGGAAAGAGCUGUCUGCCCUACCAGCUCCUCUCUAGACGCAAGGCUUGCAUGGGUUGCCAGAUUGAUAAACAGUGGCAAGUGAAGAUGAGUCUUACUCUGUAGCUAAUCAGUGAAUAUUUAGGUUUCAGUGUCCACAAUCCCUGUCUCUACUACGUUAGUGGUGGUGAUAAAUCCAUAACCAAGCUAUGAUCAGCAAUCUUACUGAAGCUCAGUGGUUACCUGUUCAGCAGAAAAAUAUCCAGCUCACCUGUUUCCAUGUCUGCAGAACACUGUUUGCACGCUGCUGCCUAUACCUGGCAACCCAGGUAUGGAAAUGGGACUGAGUGACUGGCGGUGGGCAGAUUUCGUCAUAAGAGGUAGUUAGUUAGGGCAGGUAUUUAAAGAGCGGUUGGUUGAUACGGGGUGGAGUUAGAGCAUGGAGUUUGGGCGUGGUCCUUCUCCCAAACUUUUGUUAUUACAGUGUAGUAAGCAAACUUUUGCUAUUAAAGUGUAUGUCAAUGUAGAAUAUCAAUCUAUAUUUAGAUUGAACAUCAUUUAUUAUCACUGUGGGUGUAAUAUUUAUCAAUGAACCUGCUGACACAUGGGAAGUUCUAACACAGAUUAAAGUAACGUGGCCCCUAUUUGUCCUGAUACAGAAUGAGAUGGAUAUAGAAGAAAAAAAUAUAUAACAAUGCAAUAACUAGAUAAACAAUGUUUACAAUACUUUACAAUGUAUGUAUUGCUGUUUUACUGAACGCUAGGCAUACUGUAGUGUAUAAAGCAUGGUAGGAGAACGUCCCUCUCCUCACCCACAUCUUAACCCAGGUGUGAAAAUCCAAUUAGUAAAUUUCCUGAUCAUGUGAGGUGAAUCUUUUGUGUUUUAUUCUGGACGAAUGCAUCUUCAGAUCUUCUGUGUAGGUAUGUGGCAUGUAUUAUCACAAAAAGUGGUUUUGUUCUUUCUCUCUGUUCAUCUCUCUCUUUCUCUCUCUCUAAUGCUCUCUCUCUUUCUCUCAGAAGCAAAGCACAGUCUCUUUUACAGAGAUGCACCUGAGGAAUUGCCGGUUGGGCUUCAAAUUGAUUGAAUUGAAAUUUGUGAUUACAGGAAGGUUUUUGUUAGCUUCAUAAUGAAACAUAAAAAAAAAAACACAUGACUCAACAGUGCAUGAACCAGGGAAGAAAAGAAUGUCGCAUUGUGAGUAAGCCUGUAAUUUGUGUUUGGGUUUUUAUCUGGAUUUACUUUUCUGUUUUAUUACAUGUUUCCAAACUGUCUGCUUUGAACUGGAGCAGCUCUGUACUGUACUUGGUUUGUAAUUUGAUAUACUAGGUACAUAUAACUACCUUAACUACAGCGUACAUCUCAGUCAGUGUGCUGCAUCGGCCUGUAAGUGAAGAGAAUGUCGUAUGAUGUACAUUUUACGUUGUGUUCUCUCAUCACAUCGUUUGUCACAUGGUACUGUAUGUAUAUGGUAAAAUGACAUAUAUUUUUUUACAUGUAUCAUUAGAACUGUUUGCCUUGUAUAUUGUACCUAAAUACAAACUGAUCAAGUGUUGAAACUGAAACUGAAAUGAAUGCCGUUGAUCUGGGGGAAAAAGA